AUGCCCAGCAUAGCACUCAGCCGCCGAUUAUCAAUCCAAGCUCCCAACCCUCGACACAAAUCAGACUACCUCCGACAUUAUCCUAUCAACCAAGGCUACAGCCAGGAGAAGGUCAUUGCCAACACCCUUCCCCUCAAACUUCUAAAUCAAGCCCUCUACCUCCUCUAUACCGCCAACAAUAGGCAAGACAAGGUCAACCUGCUCAGCCAUAUACGCACAAAGCCAACCGGCAAUUCCAACUGGAUGGGCUACCAUGACCAAAACGCUAAUUUUGACGAAGCUGAACUUGAGGGAGCCAAUAUCCUCGUUGGCGAACACAAGGGAGACCCGCUUGAUAUCGAGAAGGAACUCCUCAACGAGCAAGUAUUCAGCGACUCCCGGCAGGCCGAUGGUGGUGAUAAAGAUGGCACUUUCACGACCAGUCUUGAUGCCAUUGAUGUGGUCAACAAGGUCGCCAACACCUUUUCAUCUGAGUUAUUCAAAAUGCAGAAGAAGGUUACCGUCAAGGCAAUCAAAAUGCCGCCUUUGUACAGAAAACGAGCGCAACAGGUUAUCGACAUUCUCAAGGCUAUCCACAAAAUGGUCGAUCCUCAGCUGGCAAUUGAAGCAACGCGGAGCACACUGACCUACGCCAAUAACAAAAUAGACCCAGACAAGAUCUCCGAUUACAUCACUGUUCAGGCCAAUAAUGAGAGCAUUAUCCAGUACAACAACCAGCAUCCUGACCAGAUCGACGCUCUUUCCCGACAGAAUGCCCGCGCCUUCGCAACGGAGAUGUUUAUGUCUUGCCAUGCUGCAAGCAUUAUUCACCGGGCAGAAAGCCCUGAGCGCCAUACAUUUCUGUCAAACGAUAUGGGGACUAGCAAGACCCGCAUCUAUUUCCUUGCCAUGAACCUUAUGGUCAGGCGGAUGCAUGCCCGCUUGGACAAGAGUGAAGAGAUUGAAUUUCGCCCAUCCCUCAUCAUCACUCCUGUCAACUCGCUGCCUCAGACGUACCUUGAAGCAAAGGCGAAUUUUGCAGACUUCAAUCUUGUAGUCUUUUAUGGCCUUCGUUCUACUUUUGUUGACAAGGGAGCUAAAGUCGUCAGCACCAGCGAGUUGAUUCCUUAUCUCAACAACCUGGAUUCACGGGACCCCAAGACAGGCAAGACACUUGUCAUUACGUCCUAUUCAAGUCUGUCUUCCCGAUUCAUCAAGAGACAAGAACGACUGUUCAAGUUCAAGGACGGCAAGGUCCCACAGUCUCUUCAGAAGAAGAAGGAUCGUGCCGCAAAGACGAAGCAGGCCGAGACAGAGGACGAGCCCGACUCUGCUGAUUCAGAUGGGGGGGGGGAUGAUGACGACAUGACUAAUUCGCGCCGUCGCAAGGUUCAGGUUUACAACCGCGAGCAGAUCAAUUUGAGCGACAUCAUAGGAGUCGACGAUCCCAAGAUUGCCGAUGGCAAUCUUAAUAUCAAGUUCCAGUUCGUUGUCUGCGAUGAGGCACAAGUUGCGACGAAAGCUGACGGUUCAUACAACCACCUACUUCGCAAGUUCAGAUGGAAUGUUCUGCUGUGGACAUCAGGAACACCACUUUCUAACUCCCUCAGAGACCUCAUUUCUCCUCUCAUACUGAUGUGGAAAGCGCUCGGGUUGAAAUGGAACCCCCCUGUCAACAGUAUUGGCUAUCUCCCUGGCCUUUACCAUCGCGACUAUGAUCCUGAACUGGAGAACAACGAGUUCAAUGGCGAAAUUACCAAGGGAAUCCUGCAUCCGGAAUUUCUGCAAAACAACAAGGGCGCCGAACCGCUGUUGGCAUUCUGGAAGUCAAGUAAAAGUCGUCUCUGGAUGCUGCACCCGGAACUCUACAAAGCGGCUGGGCACAAACACCACUGGGGAUCCAACCUUUCCGCCUGGGUUGUCAGACCAAUUUUCGAAUACAUGCAUAUCCGGCGAACCAUUCGCACACCCUUGAAGCUACCGGAUGGCACCAUGACAUAUCCAGGAAUCGACCUUUUUCCUCCCACUAUCAUCGUGGAGGAGCACACCUUCGAUCCCCAGCUCUGCAAGUCAGUGCAGGCAGAAGGGUUUGAUCUCUCCAAGAGACUUUUCAAGCCGAACAACGACAAUGGUGCUAUCCCAAACAAUGUUUUUGCGGCAGCUUCUUCUCAAGCAAUUGAAGGCUCUGGCGCCGAGGCCACGCUCAAUUUUGGCAUCCAUCGCAGAGGUGUCCUCACGACAUUUGACUGGCGGAACACGGGCAUCUUGGAUCCUGAGAACAGCAGAGUUCCGGGCAGCAAGAAGGAUACCGAACUUCGCGCCCAAGCCUUGGUUGACAACAAUGAGCCCAAGACAAAACCUGAGAUUGAGAAGAUGCAACAAAACGAAACCGCCAAGCACAAUGUCAUUGUUGGCGUCGACAAUGGGCAGCGUUUAAUCGCACGCGACCCCAACGGUGACUUUACGUGGCUUUACAACAUGACAAGCAAGGAUGGGGCAGCUCUUGCGCCGUCCAAUCGAGCUGCCACGCUUCGAUGGGUAUGUCAUGAAAACCCAAUUCUCACCAGAACUCUUGAACUCCUCUACGACCGAGUUACCGACAACAAGCGCGGAGUUCUGAUCUACGUGGAUAUCCCGUGGGUACAGACGGUAACCGUCAACGUCAUCCGUGUUGCAGGUUUUGACUGUCGGACCAUCCCACCCGAAAACAACCAGGCGUUUAAGGAUCAAAACAUUCACGAGUGGAAUGAUCCUUAUUCUAGCGCGCAGGUUUUUGUUGCAAAUAUCAACACGAUGAGUGUUGGUGUCAACAUGCACCAUUGUUGUUUCACGGGAAUUUUCAUCAAUUGGCACCUCAACAUGAAAACCAACUGGCAAUGCUGUGGUAGGCUCAUCCGGAUCGGCCAGAAGGAGAAGGUGGAGUGGAUCUUCCUGAAGAUGAAAACCUUAUACCAUGACAACUUUGAGAGGUUGGCUGUCAGCAAGUGGGCACCACAGCGUUCGGCCGAAAUCGAGCUGCCCAAAUAA